UGUUCGUUUGUCUCCUCAGAGAAAAGAACUCUCUUUCUCUCUCUAAAACUCUCUGAGACUCUCUCUCUCUCUAAAACCUCACAAGCUAUGGCUCUUCCCCGGCACCAUUUCCAACAGCACUACCCACCCCAACAACAACAACAGCAACAAUCCAAGUCUUUCAGAAAUUUGUACACAAUCGACGGUCAGAUGUCGCCGGCGGUGGCCUAUUAUGACCCCGGAAAUUUACAGGAUCACCCCCAGCAGCAUCCUCCUUACGUUCCGCCCUUUCAUGUAGAAGGGUUUGCGCCUGGUCCCAUGGCUGCAACGGAUGGCAGCGAUAAUGGCGCUGAUUUGCAGUGGCAUUACGGUUUUGAAUCCAAAAGGAAAAAGCUAAAGGAACAGGAUUUCCUGGAGAACAACUCGCAGAUAUCGUCCAUUGAUUUCCUGCAACCGCGAUCGGUCUCCACAGGCUUGGGUUUGUCCCUUGACAAUACUCGAAUGGUUUCUACGGGGGACUCAUCAUUGCUGUCAGUUAUCGGCGAUGAUGUUGAUCAUGAGCUACAGCGACAGGAUGCUGAGAUUGAUAGAUUCCUCAAGGCCCAGGGUGACCGAUUGCGGCAAACUAUCCUGGACAAGGUCCAAGCCACCCAGCUUCAGACUAUCUCAGCUGUGGAAGACAAAGUUCUUCGGAAGCUGCGAGAGAAAGAAGCAGAAGUGGAGAGCAUUAACAAGAAGAAUAUGGAGCUUGAAGAGCGAAUGGAACAGUUGGCUGUUGAAGCAGGUGCUUGGCAACAGAUAGCCAGGCGCAACGAAAACAUGAUCUCAUCUCUAAGGUUUAAUCUUCAGCACGUAUAUGCUCAAAGUAGAGAUAGUAAAGAAGGAUGUGGUGACAGUGAGGUAGAUGAUACAGCUUCUUGCUGCAAUGGGCGUUCAAUCAAUUUGGAUAUGUUUUGCAAGGAGAAUAAUGACGGGAAAGAGAUGAUGACUUGCAAGGCCUGUCGAGUCAAUGAAGUGUGCAUGCUUCUAUUGCCUUGUAAGCAUCUUUGCCUGUGUAAAGAUUGUGAAAGUAAGCUCAGCGUCUGCCCUCUCUGUCAAUCGUCUAAGUUUAUCGGCAUGGAGGUAUAUGUGUAAUGUGUUGCAUUAGAAAGCUGUUAAUCUUUUAUGUCUAAGCCAUAUGUCAUAUAAAAAUGAUCAAAAGUCAUAUGCAUUAUUGUUGUCAUUUGAGGAUUAACUGCUUGAGCACCCUGUGAGACUGGCAUUAUUUGGCCAUCCGAAGAUAGGGCUAAGGAGUAAAGAUUUGAAUAGACAUUAGCCGUCCUGUGAAUGAUUAGUAGCGUUAUUCUUAA